GAGCGCCUGCGGACAACGGACUAGAGACGGCAAGAGAGACGCAGCGAGGAGCUUCAGCACCGCCCAUAGAUACACACAGCACCGUUACACCUGUUAUUUCUGCAGUCGGAGAGGAACGUAGAUUGGACUGGUGUAGACGAAGGCAGAUUUUUUUUUGUUUUGUCCGCGUCAACUGGUCAUAGUAAUUCCUUUACACUGGCCGGUUGGUGAGCGCGCGAGCGGCGCCCGGUUUUACCGUCCCGACAGCCGCCUCCUCUUCGAGAGAUACGUGCCGAUGCGAUUCUUCAGACUCACCUUCAAGUGUUUCGUGGAUUGUUUUUGAAGUCUUGUUAGGGCUCUUUGAGUGUGUGUGUGUGUGAGUGUGUGUGCAUAUACACGUGUGUUUAGGAUGGAGAAGAGCGAGAAGACCGCACUCGGAGCGGACUGUUGCGUGGAGGAUAUGGGGACAGAAUGCUGCGGGGUGGUGAUGGCGGAGGAGAAGAAAGGCCACCUCAUUCCCAACGGGAACCACCAGGCCGUGAACGGCGCUCUGAUCGGCGAGAACAUGCGCGUGCAGCCGGCGAGAGAGACAUGGAGCCGGCAGAUGGACUUCAUCAUGUCCUGCGUGGGCUUCGCGGUCGGUCUGGGGAACGUGUGGCGCUUCCCUUACCUCUGCUACAAAAAUGGUGGAGGAGUCUUUCUCAUUCCCUACAUGUUGUUUAUAUUCUUCGGUGGAAUUCCUAUCUUCUUCUUGGAAAUUGCUCUCGGCCAGUUCAUGAAGGCUGGAAGCAUCGCUGUGUGGAACAUCGCUCCACUCUUUAAAGGACUCGGCUAUGCUUCCACGGUUAUAGUGUUCUUCUGCAACACCUACUACAUCAUGGUCCUGGCGUGGGCUUUCUAUUACCUCAUCAAUUCCUUCACCUCCAUACUGCCCUGGUCCACCUGCACAAACGACUGGAACACUGCGAGCUGCAUCGAGACCUUCCGCCAUGACGCCUGCAAGAACGGCACCAUCAGCAACUACACCUUCAUGAACAAGACCUGUGAGGAGUUGGAGAACGCCACUUCUCCUAUCAUUGAGUUUUGGGAGAAUAAGGUACUGCGUAUCUCCGAAGGCCUGGACAGUCCGGGCCAGAUCAACUGGGAGAUGACUUUGUGUCUGAUGGCUGUCUGGGUGUUGGUUUACUUCUGCGCAUGGAAGGGAGUAAAGUCAACAGGAAAGAUUGUGUAUUUCACUGCUAUGUUCCCCUACGUUGUCCUGGUCAUUCUCCUGGUGAGAGGUGUGACCCUACCUGGGGCCUCCGAUGGUAUCAUGUACUAUCUCAAACCUGACUGGUCAAAGCUUAAAGAAGCACAGGUCUGGAUUGAUGCCGGCACUCAAGUGUUCUUUUCUUACGCCAUCGGACUCGGAGCCCUGACUGCUCUCGGCAGUUAUAACCGAUUCAACAACAACUGCUAUAGGGAUACGUUUGUGUUGGCACUGAUAAACAGCGGCACCAGUUUCUUCGCCGGCUUUGUGGUUUUCUCCAUUCUGGGCUUCAUGGCUGCUGAGCAGGGUGUGGAAAUCUCAAAAGUGGCAGAGUCAGGGCCGGGCCUGGCGUUCAUCGCGUACCCCAAAGCCGUGUCGAUGAUGCCCGUGGCACCAGUCUGGGCCGCACUCUUCUUCUUCAUGCUGCUGUUGUUGGGGCUGGACAGUCAGUUUGUUGGAGUGGAAGGCUUUGUAACUGGCAUCCUGGAUCUGCUCCCUUACAAGUUUAACAAGCGAGAAAUCGCAGUGGCGAUCUGCUGCCUAUUGUGCUUUGUUAUAGAUCUCUCCAUGGUUACACAGGGAGGGAUGUAUGUCUUCCAGCUUUUUGACUAUUAUUCAGCCAGUGGAAUGACCCUGUUGUGGCAGGCAUUCUGGGAAUGCGUGGUUGUCGCCUGGGUUUAUGGUGCUGAUAAGUUUAUGGAUGACAUUGCCUGUAUGAUCGGUUACCGGCCUUUCCCUUGGAUGAAGUGGUGCUGGUCGAUUUUUACUCCAUGUGUUUGCAUGGGAAUAUUCGUGUUCAACCUGGUGAACUACAAGCCUCUUACCUACAACAAUGUGUACGUGUACCCGUGGUGGGGGGAGAUGAUCGGAUGGUGUAUGGCUCUCUCCUCCAUGCUCUGCAUCCCCCUUAACGUCGCCUACAAGCUCAUCAGGGCCAAAGGAUCCUUCAAACAGCGCUGGGAGAGUCUGACCAAACCCGUGUGGGCUGCGCAUCAUUUGGAGUACAUGCCACAUGACGCGGACACCAGAAGCCUGUCGUCACUGUCCCCGGGCACCGAAGACAACAAGGUCAUCAUCUUCGAGAGCGGCAUGUAGGCGUGAAGUCGGAGGAUCCGCACGGGAGCCGAAGACAAGCUGAUACUGACGCUGCCUGUAUUCCAGUUCAGUUUUACACUUGUCUGAAUAAAAAGCCGUGCUUUUACAACACACAGCUUCGAGAACGAGUUUACAAAAAGCCGACGACUCAUUCGCGUCGUCGGGCAGAACUCCCGGGUUGAAAUCGCUGCUCUUUCUAUUUCACUCCUGCAGUUCUGUACGUUUUAGCAGCACACUAUUAGCUUGUCCUUGGUUCAGAGGGAGAUGCAAUGCAUGAGAAGGCGUCUAGCUUGGUGUAGCUAUUUCUUUCCAUCACCUCCUCAGGGCAGAAUUCCCACAAUCCUCCUCAUUCAGCCUGUUUGUGUGCACUUGAUAUGAGGAGGAUUACAUACUUAUAUAUGUGUCAGCCGGUCCAUUUGAAGCUACGCUCAUUAACGCCCGUUUAGACAUAGACUCCGGGUCCACUGUAUUUAAAACUAAGGGCCAAAAUCUCUGAAUAUUAUUGAUUACAUUCUCCCUUCUUUUAGUCUGUCAUUAUAUAGUAUUACUUAUAAUCCAACGUAUUUGUGUAUAUUUCAUUAAAGACCAAUCGAAUAACGAGAAGUGUUAGGCAAAACGUUGAAAUAGAAAAGAAACCGUUUCUAUUUUGUCUUUUUUUUUUUUUUUAAAUUACUGACCACUGAGGUUUUUUUAAAUUACUGACCACCCGAUCAUACGCAAUUCCUUUUAUUGCACAGUCUAUAGAGUUUUUGUUGUUUUUUUUGUUUUUUUAAUUGAAUGUAUCUGCAAAAUGUCAACAGUUUUUUGUUGUUGUUGUAAAACACAACUCACUUUGCGUGCCAAACAACAUGCUUCCUUCGUCUCUCUCAGACAGGAAGGACUCAUUGCCAUAAAACAUCCAGAUUUCACCUGCCUAGUUAAGUUGGAUUUGUACUCUCUCUAUUUUUUUUCUUGUUGUGCUUUAAGUAAAUGACUAAUAUCUGGUAACGCAGGUAAGAGUAUGUGGUGAUGACGAACUAAAACAUCACUUCUGCAUAUUGCACGUUUUUUUUUUUUAAAUAUCAGAUUUUUUGUAAAUAGUAAGAUUUUUCAACACUAAAUACGGUUUAAAUUUAAAGCAGAGAAAAUGAGAGCAGAACAGUAAGGCUGUGAUGUCGGACGAACACUAUAUCGUACUCGGAGGAUAAGUGACGACAGCAGGGACGAGGACUCAAAGGAGUAUUUCAGCUUUUUCUCAACCUGAGCUUUUUGUACCGUAUCUGUAGUACGUGUGCGGUUACCAUGGAAACGAAUUCCAACGUAUUUCCCUGUGCCGAGAAGACCUGUUUAAUCAGAAUUCUCUUACAGUGCACAGAGUCUGCGUGUUCUCCCUGUGUUUCCGGGGUUUCCUCCGGGGACACUGGUUUCCUCCUCCAGUCCAAAGACGUGUGUUGGAGGUUGACUGGCAUGUCCAAAUUAUCCGUAGUGUGUGAACGUGUGUGUGAUUGUGCCCUGAUGGGUUGGCGCCCAGUCCAGGGUGUCCCCCGCCUGUUCCCUGGGAUUGUAUCGGAUAAGCGGUACGGAAAACGGAUGGAUGAGUAACGACACAUACAAUACAGAUGCGGUGGAUCGUGAUUAGGUUGAAAAACGUUGGAGUAUUCCUUAAAUAUCAUAAACAAAUCGAUUUUAUCACAAUAUAAAGCUUUAUAUAGCAUCAGUGAUUGGUUGGUAUGGAGAUAUUUGAAUGUCUUGAUCAGUUUGCGAGUGGGAAAACCACAGCAAGCGAAUGAAAGGUUGUUUUUUUUCGCCAACGUCGGAUGUAGCAUGUUAACUAAAAGAGGGGGUGAUAUAGCACUCCUGUUGUUAGCGUUAGCGUAAGGCCUGUGCAGGAGUGAUGUACGGCCUGAUUUGACGGGUAAUCAGUUGCCAAACUUUGCCUUUUAUUGUUUGUUUCAACGUAAGAGCCCAUUAAUAUCUAAGUGUAUAUCGAGUCAAACUGCACUGUGGGAAUUCUGCCCUUCUUUCCUUACUCUAGUGUACCUUACUCUAAGCCUUUCUAACACCAUCGAACUCUAGAAACCAUUAGAAUGUUAAAAAAAAAAAAAAAAAUAGAUGUUCAAUUUUAAUCUGAACUUUUUUUGUUUUUGGUUUUAAAUAACUUGAUAGAAAUCAGAGAUUUAUUUUGUGAAGGUUUUUAUUUUGCUGAUAUAUGUCUAUACGUAUAUACGUAUAUAUAUAUAUAUAGAUAUAUAUAGAAGUAUAAAUAUACAUAUUGAAUAUCUGUGAGGUAUAUUUUAAAAGUUUGCUGCAGGAUGAAUUUUUUGAUAAAGAUAUGACUGUGGAAAGGGAGUUAUUAAUGAUACGAUUCAGUGGCGUUACAGAGAGAAACAUUAAGACAGCACAUUGCGUUGUUUGUUAUAGGUAUCAAGCGUGUGUGCGUGUGUGUGUGCGCGCGCUAUGCGUUAGAUUUCAGUGUUUUCGGCUGACCACCCAGGGACCAAACACAACGGAUAUUAAUCCGAUUUAUACCUCCCGUUUAAUUAUCCAAGCAUCUCAUCUACCUGUAGUUUUAUUCCUAAAAAUGAAAACGUGUCAUGUCCAGACCGUCAGCUGAGUGCAAAGGUUUGUACACCCUUAGUCAAUAAAAAAGCGUGUUAGGCUUCAUAGGUGUUCCUAUCAUAAUUAAAGUAACAAAAAUACUCAAAUAGUGUUUAAGAUAUUAGUACGGUCCAAAAAUCCCAAAAACAAGCCAUUCAAAAGUUUGUGAAUGCGAUAUUCCUUGGUAAAUUGUGUAACUGCCUCCAACCUCCUUUUUCCCCAGUUUACAAGAUUUUGUCAAGUAGAAGUACGUUUGACUUUUUCCACCCAGAAAACACAGGGGGUGCAAACUUUUGCACUUAACUGUACUACUUUCAGCAUUGCAUACACUCUGUCUAAUCCGAUCUGAGAGUCGAAUCUGUCGGAGAAUCUCAGACUCGAGUCAGCUUCUGAGGCUUUGGUGCUCAUUACACGAGAACUUUUAACCAAACUGAAACCAGCAAAGCUAAUCGCAGAUCACAAGCGUAGCUCGUUACGCAACAUUCAGAGCUACGAGCUUGUCCAGGUAUAAGUCAGCAAUGUGUGAGAAUAAUGUAUUGUAAAGUAUAAGACACCGGUGACCUUGGAUUAAUCUGAUUAAUCUCUUGCAGCAGAAAGCACCUUCAAGGCAGUAUUUUCCCAAGCACUCUUAAUUUAGUGAGACCAAAACCAGCGAAACUGCCUGUAAUGGUCACCGCUCCAAAGUGUUCCGAGUCACAUGUUUAAGGUACCAACCAGCUUGAAAAGUCGCCCCCCCCCCCCCCCCCCCCCCCCAAAACGCCUUUUUUCUUCUUCUUUUUUUAAAUGUACAUACAGUCAAUGACCGCCCGUUGUGGUUGUGUGUUCUGACUCUGCGAUGCUUUUCUGCUCAUCAUGUGCGAUGCCGUACAAAAGGGUUGCACCUCUAGACACUGCUGUGUGUGAAGAUCCGAAGAGAUUAGCGGUUUAAAAAACACACACAUGUCCAAUGUGAAGAUCACACAGAACUGAACCCCUCGACCUGUUAGCUACAUUAUCUUAAGUACCGCUGCUGCCACACGAUUGGCCGAUGCAGUGAACGCGCAGGUGUACCUGAUAAAGUGAACAGUGAGUAUAGAGUCCAUUCAUUCCAAAUAGAAAUCAAUCGGAUUUCUGAUUAGAACCAAAAGCAACAUCUGGUACUUGUGAUUUGAGGAGCUGGCUCUCAUUUCUCAAAUUACCACAGAAACCAAAACCAGCGAAACUGCUUGUGUGAGGGUCUCGGAUCACAGGCUUAGCGUCUGAUGAGAUUCCCUUUUUGUUUGUUUUUUUUUGUUUUUGUUUUUUUCAGUUUCAUGAAUUCCUCUUCAUCCACAAUAGCGCCCUGGGAUGGUCAGCUGAUAAAAUGUUGUUUGGUCAUUUUAUGUCGAAAAGUAAAGAAUAAACAUGAACAUUACCAAAAAAAAAAA